GAAACCAUGUGAAGGGUAUGAAUAGAGGUGCGUGAGCUUGACCAUACAUAUAUGUCUACUUAGCUUUUUAAAUCUUCUUUCUUCCUUUGAUAUAAUGAAUGUGGUCUAUGAGUUCUGCUGGAACAGAAAACUAAACUGAAGAACUGAGAAACUUCACAGCGCUCGGCUAAAAGUAUGAUGGAGACAGAGUAUUCCAAGAGAGUAUACCAAGGUGUCAGAGUCAAGCAUACAGUCAAAGAUCUUCUUGCAGAGAAGCGAUUACGACAAACAAAUGCACCCCGAUUCAGUACGAGCAGCAGUUCCUCUCAGCCAGCCUUUGUGCCAAUGCCCGGGUCGCAUGUGCUUCCUGGUUACUACAGUAUGAGAAGAUCCUUCCUCCCAGACUCAGAUCUCUGCCAUCCCAUGAAGCAGUACUCGCCAGACACUUACUCUUCUGCGUUGGGAAGCAAGGCCUUCUCGUACGACCAUCCCUCCACUUAUCCUUCCUUCAUCGAUAGCUACUACACACCUGAUUCAUAUGGAGACUACAGAGGGCCAACAUCUUAUACCACCAGUGGAGGGUCACUGUUUCCACCAUCUACAUUACCAACACUACUACCAAGUCUGUCUGGAGAGACAUCGUCACACUUGCACUUGAGAGACCCUUGGGAUCAGGCCUCAGAGGACGCGGUCAGUCAGUCAGAAGUCAUAUGUCCUGGGUCCGGCCCCGUAGCAGACUCACCAUCCCUGGGAGGACCUGAUUCUGGAAGCUCCUCUCCAUACCGUCUACCCUCAGGGCGCAGCGGGAGCUCCAUCCCAUCCAGCUCUCAGACUUACACACUACAACCCCUAGAAGAUGUCACGUACCCUGCAGCAUCUUACACCUCUGCUUCCAGCUACUCUUGCCCCCCGUACAUGACGACACCUGGAGACCUGGCUGUGGUGAAGAUGACACCAGUCACCUCAGAGGAGGCUAGCGGUGGAGUGGUGUCUCUCAGUGACACUACAUCCUGGGCUAAAGAUGAUGGAACUGGCUCCUGGUUGUCAUAUGAGACUAGGAGGGCUUUUUAAGAGGCUAAAAUGACAAUACAAAGACUGUGUGGACUGAGCUUUUGUAAUGACACAGCAUCUUUAUUCUUAUAGAGGAUUUUAUAGGUCAAUUAUAAAGAUGACCUCAAGAAAUGCUGGUCACAUUUUAAACUGUUUGUAUUGCUUAAUGAUACAGCAAAGUAUGUGCCAAUAGUUUAGUUAAUUCGAAGUCAUUGAAUUAGAAUUAAUUAGAAAGCAAUGCUAGCUUUUUUCCUUUCUUAUAUUUUCACUUGUAACAUUAGCCCUCAAUAAUUGGCCACGAAUAUAUAACUCGCAAAUAACACCGAUUUUUUUUUUUUAAACAACAAGUAUGACUUUUGUCAGGAAUGCCAAAUAAACAAUAAAACAUG